UCUUCUUCUUCAUCUUCUUCAUCGUCAAGCUCCAACUCAUGGAGUCCAAAGCAAAACAAGGUGUUCGAAAAUGCUCUGACGGUGUACGACAAGGACUCGCCGGACCGGUGGCAGAAGCUGGCCGGAGCCGUCGGCGGGAAGACGGCGGAGGAAGUGAAGAGGCACUACGAGAUGCUGGUGGAGGACGUCCAUAAUAUUGAGAUUGGAAGAAUUCCUUUGCCCAAUUACUCCAAUUCUUCUGACCAAUAUUACUCCAACGAACAAAGGUUAAUCUCUUUCUCUAUUGGAUGUAUUUCGGAAUUAAUUUGUAUAGUUUGAGCGUUUGAUUUUGGUCGGAAUAAUUAAAGGGUUCG